UUUUGCAAAGUGACUUUGGUCUCAUAUAUGACUCAACAAAAUGCAGAUUUUUUUUAAUUGCGGGCCAAAAACUGACCCAGUAGGUGGUUCAAUCCGGCCCGCUUGAUAAAAAAAAUGAACCCCUCCAUUUGUCCAGUUACAGCGUGAUAAACGUGUUUCUUAUGUAUGUUCUUCAGGAGGCGUCCAUGCUGCAGUGCAGCGUGGGUAAAGAGCACCAGCGUCUGAAGGAGGGAGAGGUUCAACAGCGACAGAAGCUGGAGGCGGCCAGUUACAGGAUCUCAGACCUGGAGAGCCAGCUGACAAAGAAAGACCAGCUGAUUCUGGAUCAGAAGAAACUUUUGGAGGACACCAAAGCCCAGAGCAGAGCGGAGCUGUUGGCCUGCGAGAGUCGCUGUGUGGCUCUGAGAAGAAUCACCCAGGGUCUGCAGACGGAGAUGCUCCAGCUCUACAGCCAGGUUCACCUGGACACGCGCAGCCAACCGCGGGAUGUCGUUGGCAGGUCAGACAGCAGUGCCAUGGCCGUACCUGUUACACGGGAUGAGCUGAAGCCCCGCCCCUCCUCCAGCUCCGUCAGCAUCAUAAACGGAGCGGUGGAGUCUCUCUCCACCUCCCCUGUUCAACUACCCUCCUGCUCGUCCUCCCCUCUCUCUCUGUCCCCCAUCGACUCCCCGCUGACCGUCGGCUCGUUCCUGGAGAAACAAACCAGGAGGCAGUUCCGGCCGACCAAUCACAGCUCGGACGAAGAAAACGAGGACGAGCCGCCGGAGAAGACGGAGGAGGAAGAGGAGAGGGAGAACGAGGAGGAGGAGGAAGAGGACAAUAAUGUGGAAGACCAGCUAGGGAGUCCUCCUCUGGGUCAGGAGGCAGAGGAGGCCUUCCUGCUCCUCAAAAGUCCUCAGGUGGCUCCUCCUCCUGGUCAGGCCGCCGCUCCCAGCCGCCCCCUCUAUAAACCCCCGGGUCGUCUGUCGGGACAUGCCCCCCCCACAGACCUGACCCUGGCUGUCCGACAGAGGAGACAGGAGCUGAGCAUCAUGGACUACAACGAGAAGCUGCCGGAGUUCUGACCGCAGACUGCUACCUGCCUGGUGUCCAGCAGGUGUCAGUCUGCGCCUCACGACGUCUGAAUGAAGUAACUUUGAACACAACAAACUGUUUUCUGUCAUUUUGGGGGUUCGCUGGUGACACAAAAAUUUUAGGUGAAUUAAUUCUGAGGUUCGCCCGGAAAGCUAAUCAGCCAAUAAGCUUCAAAUCCGUCUAAGGUUAAUGAAAAAAAAAAAAAAAAGUUUCUAGCUACGAUGGGGACAAAGUCCACCGCGGGGUUAAUAGGAAAUUCACAGAAAAAAAAAGUGAAAGGUCCCCAGUUAGCUCACUAGAAGUAGCAUUAUGUGCUAAAAGUUAGCUGCUGAGAAAGGAAAUAGUUUCCUGUUGAAUGCCUGGGCUUUCUUCUUCCCAGCAUGCACUGCUUCUUCUGCUCAAAUUGAAGAACGCAAUUAUACCAAAUAUGAAAUGAAAGUGUGUCGGUCAUUACGAGAAAUACUUGGAUGUUGUCGGAUGCUAACAUUUAGCUGAAUGUUCUUCAACUGGAAACACGGAGCUCCACUGGUGCCAAAAAGAAAAAAUCUGUGAAAUCCUGUCGAUGGAGUCCAAAUAUUCCCCGUGCCGAAUAUUUCUCACUCGAUGCGUUAGAAGCAUCGGAACACAAAGUGUUAACAGAACGUCGGGUUAAAGGAACUGAACGGACUGUCGGUGGUAGAGUGGGCGUCUCUGUGUGGGCUGAUGACAUCAUCGUUAGGUCAACCAAGUCAUUGGUCAGGCUGGUGGGAACUAAAGCUGCUAGAGGUCAUGACCUUUGGGGGUUGAUGCAAUAGAGAUUUCUUUCAAAUCCUUCAAUGAUUUUUUUUUUACAUGUAUGACUCUGGGGAAAAAAGGGAAAUCCUAUUUGGUGAUUUUGGUUAAUUUCAAAAUUAGUCUCAAGAUCUCACUCCUCUUUCUCAAAAAAGAAGGUAGAUUUUCCCUCUGAAAGUUUUCAUGUCCAACGAUCUUCAUUUGACCAGCGUCUGGUUCUGGCUUUAAUGGCUGAUGAAUGUAAAGUGACGUGAAUGUUUCUGUACUCAGACCACGUGUCCUCAGGUUCACAGCUCAGGAAACCUAUGUCUUAUUUCAGGUCAACCAGCUGUUCGGUCACACAACUGUGAUUCUGUAUGUACGCUGAUAACCAAAAAUAUCAACUCCUGACGUCAGUGUGUGGGUAAAGAUGUCGACAUUUACACCCCUGGGGCUGAUGUUUGUAUCAGGGGCUAAUGGUGCACACAGUAACUGUCCUCUGUUUUUGAUGCAAAAGUUGAGACAUUAAACAUUGAGAGAAUUGUCAUUCAAAUGCUCUACGUGGAAUCCACUGAGUCGCAUUUCAAAAGAUUGACUGUAAUACACAACUUCACCACCAGAUGUUGCCAAACACCUACACACUGGCAUUUGAAUUAAAAGCAGUGACAGAUGUGUGAGCUUAUAGUCAUUUUUGCAGCCCCCCCUCUCCCCUAAGAUGUGAUGACAGCUGACGUCAGAGUCACGGAUGAACCGGAGGAUUUUUCUUUCUUGUUUUAUUGAGGGCUAUGUUAAAAAAAACACACACACACAAAAACAACAACGAAAUCCUGCCCUUGUCUGUUUUCACCUGCGCAAUACUGUGAACACUGCCAAUAAAGAUUUAUCCAAAUCAAACCUC